AAAGAGAAGAGGGAGGGACGGCCGCACAGACACCGCUACCAACCGCCGGUUACUGCGUGAAAAUGUCCACGAUCCAAACACUGAGAGCCUUCGUUACCCAGCGGCUGAGUGCGGCUGUAGAUGAGAUCUUCGGGCUGCUGGAAACAACCAUUUCAAACUACGAAGAGGAGCUCGGUCGCCAGCGCAGGCUGCUGGAGGAUGCUGUGAAGCCUGACCCCCCCACAGACACCGCAGGUGAUCGUCCAAUUGACUGUCUAAAAAAGAGAACUGGUCGACGAGGUCCAGAAACACGCACCACUGGAGUGAAGAGGGAGAUUCGUCGGACCCCCGCAGGGCAAGCUCGUGUCCCCACAAAAUUUUUGCCUCCAGAUGUCCGACAACUGAUUGUUAGAAAAGAAGAGCAGCAAGAGUGGAGGACCAGUCUGGACCAGGAGCACCCAGAGCCCCCACACAUUAAAGAAGAACAGGAGGAGGUCUGGAGCAGUCAGGAGGGAGAGCAGAUACAAGGACUGGAGGAGGAUGAUAUCACCAAGUUCCCGUUGACUGCUGUCUCUGUGAAGAGUGAAGAUGAUGAAGAGAAAGUUCCGUCCUCACAUCUCCAUCAAAGACAAACUGAGGAGAACAGAGAGGCAAAGCCUCCAGCCAGCAGCUCAGCUGUACAGAUGGAAAGAGAGACAGACAGCAGUCAUCAGGUUCUGUCUUUAUACUGUUGUGAAUCAGAGACUGAGGAUAGUAAUGAUGAUUGGAAGGAGACAAGAGAGCAAGAGUCCGGUUCUGACACACUGAAAAAUGAGAGCACUGUGAAUCAUAAUAAGUCCCACACCCGUGAGAGACCAUUUAGUUGCACCGUCUGUGAUAAAAGAUUUGGCUGCAAAGGAAAUCUGCACGCCCACAUGAGAAGCCACACAGGGGAAAAGCCUUUCACCUGCACCGUCUGUAACAAAAGCUUUAGUGCAAAGGUCAAUCUGAAGACUCAUAUGAGAAGUCACACUGGGGAGAAACCAUUCAGCUGCUCAGUGUGUAACAAAAGUUUUAGUCAGAAGAAAACAUUAGUUAUACACUUGAGAAGUCACACAGGGGAGAAACCGUUCAGUUGCUCGUUCUGUGGAAAACGUUUUAGUGAAAAGGGAACUUUGAAGAGACACAUUAGAGUUCAUACAGGAGAGAAACCAUACAGUUGCAGUGUUUGUGGACGGAAUUUUAGUCUGCUGUCACAUGUUAAAAGCCAUAAGUGCUGUGGGGUGAGCGGUAACAAGUGAAGCUGCCUGGUUUAUGUUUCAAAUUGAUAUUUAGUAGUGGUGUCAGUUAAACGCGUUUUUUAUCGCAAGAUUAACGUUCUUUUUGGCCUAACACACUUUGUAGUUUUUUUUCACAUGCUGUUGCAACAACUAGUAACGUUAGAAAAACUACAACACCACACCGGAUCUAGCUAGACCGGAAACAAAACAACAGGCACGCUGCACACACUUGUUUAAGAGAAGUAGACGUUACGUUUUGAGUGGAUGGCGAGCGCGAGACGCCGAAAUGGAUGCCAAUAAUAUUCUGAAAGGAAAGUUUACUUUUAAAAAGUUGCCAAAUGGUUCCAUUGACAAGACCAAAGUGAUCAGUGUGUUUUGUCGUUGUGAACUGAGCUAUCAUCGCCGCACGCCCAGUCUGAAACUUGAUGGCCAAGCACACAGCUGAUGCGAAUUCUCCGCCCCCUCGACAAAGCCAGGCGACAAUGGAUGAUUAUUCAAUAAAAACAACAUUUGCACAAAGCAAGCCGAUCCACUUUUCCAUGUUGAUAAGAGCAUUAAAAUGAGAAAAAAUAAUGGGACAAAAAGAAAUCAAGGGAUUUUUAGGAUAGAUAAAAAUGUGCGAUUAAUUGCGAUUAAUUGCGAGUCAACUAUAACAUUAAUGCGAUUAAUCGCGAUUAAAUAUUUUAAUCGUUUGACAGCACUAAUAUUUAGGUUUCGCUGCGUUCAGGACGUUGGUAUUCGUUCUAUGUAUCGAGUACUUGCAUUUAUAUCUGCACGUGCAACCACAAACAGUGAUGUUUGGAAGUAUUUCGAAAAUUAGACAUGCAGUGCAAUGUAUGUAACAUUAAACUUGUGUAUAGAACCAGUUUGAUGAUGUGCGGAUUAAGCACAUGGAGAAAAGAGCGGGAAUGGAUAAUAGGUAACCUUUCAUCACCUCAUGUUGCUAACGUUAGCAUUGUUAGCAAGCCAAUGCUGUUCUGUGUAACGCUAGCUCAACUUGUUUCUCUGAUAACUUGAUCCAGAGGUUCCGGAGGUUUUUACCAGGAGCCCAAUUAUCCACAGAGGCAUCCUCCUCUCCAUGACAAAUGGACCUGGUGAUUAAAACUGGAGAAAACACUGAAUAAAGCAGCUGUGAGCCGAGCUGCUGCUAACCUUAGCUCAGCUUGUUUCUCUGAUAACUUAAGAUCCAGACAUUCAAUGACUCA